CCAAAACGGAUUGCAUAACCAGUGAACGGAAACGCGAAAGGCAGCGGAAACCUUGCACGUUGUAGGUGGAAAAUCCCUAAGAAUUAGUUCAAUUAUCCAAACAAACAAUCCCCACUCGUUUCGAGGGCAUGGACUGCUGCUGUGUAGACCAUGUGAUCUUCUACAAUAAACGCAAUUGUAUAUAAACUAAAAGAACACAAAACACUGAAACCAAAACCAAAACCAAAACCAAACGGAGACACCGAUAUACUUAUAGUAACCGCAACAAACGGAUUACAAUCGAUAGCAUCCGAUACCAAAAUAUAUCCAACAUGUUCCAGAACUAAGCACCGAGAAGAUAAAUCCCUAAAAAGAGAGAGAUAGAGAGAGAGAUCAGCAAAGCAUAUGUAGAUCGGAUAUAGGUUAUAGCAAAGAGGUCGCAGAGAUAUUUAUGCGUGGGCCCCACAUUUGGCAAAGGUCAAAGCUUUGAGCCCUCCUUCCCUGCUGUGAGCUGUGAGGUGUGAGCUGUUAAGCUGUGGAGCUUUAAGCUGUACGCUGUGAGCUGUAAAGCUGUGUAGCAAAUAUGACCAAGAAGUACGAAUUCGAUUGGAUUAUACCGGUGCCGCCGGAGCUGACCACUGGUUGUGUCUUCGAUCGUUGGUUCGAGAACGAGAAGGAGACCAAGGAGAAUGACUUUGAGCGCGAUGCCCUCUUCAAGGUCGAUGAAUAUGGAUUCUUCUUGUAUUGGAAGAGCGAGGGUCGGGAUGGCGAUGUCAUUGAGCUGUGCCAAGUGAGCGAUAUUCGUGCGGGCGGCACACCCAAGGAUCCCAAGAUACUGGAUAAAGUGACCAAAAAGAAUGGCACCAAUAUCCCGGAGCUGGACAAGCGAUCUCUCACUAUAUGCUCGAACACGGACUAUAUCAAUAUAACAUAUCAUCAUGUUAUCUGCCCCGAUGCGGCAACAGCCAAGAGUUGGCAAAAGAAUUUGCGUAUCAUAACGCAUAACAAUCGCGCCACAAAUGUCUGUCCGCGCACCAAUCUGAUGAAGCACUGGAUGCGUUUGAGUUAUUGUGUGGAGAAGAGCGGCAAGAUACCGGUCAAGACGCUGGCAAAAACAUUUGCCUCGGGCAAAACCGAGAAGCUGGUCUACACUUGCAUCAAGGAUGCGGGUCUGCCGGAUGACAAGAAUGCCACCAUGACUAUGGAUCAGUUCACUUUCGAUAAGUUUUAUGCCCUCUACCACAAGGUCUGUCCACGCAACGACAUCGAGGAGCUCUUCACGUCCAUUACCAAAGGUAAACAGGACUUUAUCAGCCUGGAGCAGUUCAUACAGUUCAUGAACGAGAAGCAGAGGGAUCCGCGCAUGAACGAGAUUCUCUUUCCCCUCUACGAAGAGAAGCGCUGCACGGAGAUCGUCAACGACUAUGAGCUGGACGAAGAGAAAAAGAAGAACGGCAAGUGUCCUUGCAUUUAUUUCGCGUGCUGCUAUUGUAACAUUCUCUCCCCAUUUGCAGUUCAACUUUCGCUGGACGGAUUCAAGCGCUAUCUGAUGUCCGAUGAGAAUGCACCUGUGUUCCUUGAUCGACUGGACUUCUACAUGGAAAUGGACCAGCCACUGGCCCACUACUACAUUAAUAGCUCGCAUAACACCUACUUGUCCGGCCGACAGAUCGGUGGCAAGAGCUCCGUGGAGAUGUACCGCCAAACGCUGCUCGCCGGCUGUCGGUGCGUGGAGCUCGACUGCUGGAACGGCAAGGGGGAGGACGAGGAGCCGAUUGUCACCCACGGUCAUGCCUACUGCACGGAAAUUCUCUUCAAGGACUGCAUCCAGGCCAUUGCGGAUUGCGCCUUUGUCUCGUCCGAGUAUCCGGUGAUUCUGUCCUUUGAGAAUCAUUGCAAUCGGGCCCAGCAAUACAAGCUGGCCAAAUACUGUGAUGACUUUUUCGGGGAGCUGCUGUUGAAGGAACCCCUCGCAGAUCAUCCGCUGGAUCCGGGACUGCCCCUGCCGCCGCCAUGCAAGCUGAAGAAGAAGAUACUCAUCAAAAACAAGCGUAUGAAACCCGACGUAGAGAAGGUCGAGCUGGAGCUGUGGCUGAAGGGCGAACUGAAGACCGAUGAUGAUCCCGAGGAGGACGCCAGUGCCGGGAAGCCCCCAGAGGCUGCGGCCGCACCCGCACCAGCACCCGAGGCGGCAGCUGCUGCUGAUGGUGCUGCCGAGGGUGGUGGUGGUGCCGAGGCUGAGGCAGCGGCUGCCAACUACAGUGGCUCCACCACCAAUGUACAUCCAUGGCUCUCAUCGAUGGUCAAUUAUGCUCAGCCCAUUAAGUUCCAGGGCUUCGAUAAGGCAAUUGAGAAGAACAUUGCCCACAACAUGUCCUCGUUUGCGGAAUCGGCGGGCAUGAAUUAUCUGAAGCAGAGCUCCAUUGAUUUUGUCAAUUACAACAAGCGCCAGAUGUCGCGCAUCUAUCCGAAGGGCACCCGGGCGGACUCUUCGAACUACAUGCCGCAGGUGUUCUGGAAUGCCGGCUGCCAGAUGGUGUCGCUAAAUUUCCAAACCUCCGAUCUGCCUAUGCAGCUGAAUCAGGGCAAGUUCGAGUACAAUGGCGGAUGUGGAUACCUGCUGAAGCCGGACUUUAUGCGGCGUGCGGACAAGGAUUUCGAUCCGUUCGCAGACGCACCCGUGGACGGUGUGAUUGCGGCCAUGUGCUCGGUGAAGGUGAUUGCCGGACAGUUCUUGUCGGACAAAAAGGUGGGCACCUACGUGGAGGUUGACAUGUUUGGUCUGCCCUCGGACACCGUGAAGAAGGAGUUCCGCACCCGUCUGGUGCCCAACAACGGCUUGAAUCCAGUUUACAACGAGGACCCGUUUGUGUUCCGCAAGGUGGUGCUGCCGGAUCUGGCCGUGUUGCGGUUCGGCGUCUAUGAGGAAAGUGGCAAGAUGAUCGGUCAGCGGAUCCUGCCGCUGGACGGACUCCAGCCGGGAUAUCGCCACGUGUCGCUGCGCACAGAGGCCAACUUCCCGAUGUCGCUGCCGAUGCUGUUUGUGAACAUCGAAUUGAAGAUUUACGUACCUGAUGGCUUUGAGGACUUCAUGGCCAUGCUGUCGGAUCCACGCGGCUUUGCCGGCGCUGCCAAGCAGCAGAACGAGCAGAUGAAGGCCCUGGGCAUCGAGGAGCAGAGCGGCGGGGCCGCCCGGGAUGCCGGCAAGGCCAAGGAGGAGGAGAAGAAGGAGCCGCCGUUGGUUUUUGAGCCAGUCACGCUUGAGUCGCUGCGCCAGGAGAAGGGUUUCCAGAAGGUAGGCAAGAAGCAGAUCAAGGAACUGGACACGCUGCGCAAGAAGCACGCCAAGGAGCGCACCUCCGUCCAGAAGACUCAGAACGCGGCCAUCGACAAGCUGAUCAAGGGCAAGAGCAAAGACGACAUUCGCAACGAUGCGAACAUCAAGAACGCCAUCAACGACCAGACCAAGCAGUGGACCGACAUGAUUGCCCGCCACCGCAAGGAGGAGUGGGAUAUGCUGCGCCAGCAUGUCCAGGACUCGCAGGACGCCAUGAAGGCCCUCAUGCUGACCGUACAGGCUGCCCAGAUCAAGCAGCUAGAGGAUCGUCAUGCCAGGGAUCUGAAGGAACUGAAUGCCAAGCAGGCCAAAACUUCGGCGGAUACCGCCAAGGAGGUACAGAACGACAAGACACUCAAGACCAAGAACGAGAAGGAUCGUCGUCUGCGCGAGAAGCGUCAGAAUAAUGUCAAGCGCUUCAUGGAGGAAAAGAAGCAAAUCGGCGUUAAGCAGGGACGCGCCAUGGAGAAGUUGAAGCUGGCGCACUCGAAACAGGUCGAGGAAUUUAGUACCGAUGUGCAAAAGCUUAUGGAUAUGUACAAAAUCGAGGAGGAGGCCUAUAAGACACAAGGAAAAACGGAAUUUUAUGCCUAAGUUGUGGCCUGUUGUCUUACACAGGUCGCAGGGCGUGGAGGAGAGCACCGACAGAUACAUACCAAAAAGAAAAUACAACAAGUUAAAUAAAUGAUUGCAAGUGCAUCAAUCGGCAUCUGAUGAACAGAUCCGAUGUUCGGUGGAUGGUUGAAUCAUCGCUGAAGAUUAACAUGGAAGAUGGAAGACGACGAAGCAUAGUCGAUACAUAAAUGUACACAUAAAUACAUAUAUACUUAAUUAUAUAAUGUAUUUACACACACACACACACACACACACACACACAUACCCAUAGACACAAGCCUCUUGA